UUCCACAGUUUCCACUCCUCCGUCUAAAACCCUUCAAAUCAAUUUUCUCGCGGUUUUUAAAUCAUUGCAAAAAUCGUUAAUGAACACCUGAAAUUGAAGAGAGAAGAGAAGGAAUCGGAAGAAGAAUGGCAUCCGUCAAUCUGAAGCGACAGAUUGUUACUGCUCUCUGUAGAUAUUACUCUAUAGAUUCGAAAGUCUACCUGAGUGAUGUAGAUAGUAACCUUAAGAGCUUGUAUUCUAAGAUUACGAAGUCGUCGUCAGAGGGGGAUGCCCUUGUGGAUGACAAAGAGUUGACUAAGUGGGUAGCAUUUGUGGAAAGCCUUCCUAUAGAGUCCAGCCCGUCUGUUAAGGUUCUCAAUGAGUUGAAUGAAGACCUGACCAAGAAGUCUGUUCUCCUGGCAAAUGGUUUGAAGCCUACUGCAGCUGAUAUUAUUGUCUUUGCAGCAGUGCAUCCAUUUGUGAUUGGUCUUCCAAACUCAGACAGAGCAAAAUUGCCACAUUUUAUGAGAUGGGUGGACUAUAUCCAGGCAAGGCAACAUAGCAAGGUGGAUUUUGGAGAUUGCUUUGAAAGGAUUUUGAUAGAGAAGGUCCAGUUUGAGCCACCGGUAGUAAAAAAUGUAAAGAAGGUUGAACCAGAGUCAACCACAAAGAAAGUGCAAGAGACAAAAGAAGCUACAAGUACUAGAGCAGAGACAAAAGUAGUGAAGGGUGUUGAGACGAAGAAGGAUGCAGCAGAAGACCAAGCAGCAGCUGACAAUAAAAAAGUAACUUGUAAAGAAACAGUUGAUAAACAUACAAAAGAUACUGAAGUCAGUGUUAGUUUGCUCAAGAUACAGAUUGGUCUUGUUCGUAAAGUGUCUAAACAUCCAUCAGCUGACAGCUUACUUGUUGAGGAUAUAGAUAUUGGAGAGAGCAAACCUCGACAAGUCGUCAGUGGUCUGGCUAAAUUUAUUAGUCCUGAGCAGUUGACGAAUCGCCAUGUUGUAUUGAUAACAAAUGUAAAACCUUCAAAGCUAAGAGAUAUCCUGUCAGAGGGAUUGGUAUUAUGUGCUUCUAAUCAGGAUCAUUCUGUUGUGGAGCCACUUAUAGCUCCAGAAGGGGCCAAAAUUGGGGAAUCCGUUACAUUUGCUGGAUUUGAGGGAAAACCAGAAGAUGUUCUGAACCCCAAAAAGAAACAGUUGGAGAAGAUAACUCCACAUCUUUUGACCGAUAGCAGUGGGAUAGCCACAUUCAAAGGGGUACCAUUUAUGACAUCUGCUGGGCCGUGCAAGUCUUCAAUUCCCAAUGCCAGCAUCAAAUGAUGGAGCGGAUUAAUAGUACCAGGAUCGUUUGAACAUCAGACAGAAUACUUUGCAGUCUGAACCUCUUAUGCGCAGAGUCCUUGAAUUUUCGGAUUUUUCCUGGGGCAUGCGUAUUAUUUCUUGCCUUCUUAGAUGCAAGGGUGUUGAAAAUAGUGUACAAACUGUAAGCUCGAAUCGUAGAGAGUCAUUCUUCUUUACGCUUUAUCCCGGUUUUGCUACAGCCGGGCGUGGACUCAAUAGUUAUAUCAGAAGAAAAUGGUAGGUGGUUCUCAUAAAGCGUAGGGACCAUAAUUUGUUGUAAUUUGUUUUAAGAAUAAUUUACAUUCCUCCCCUGAGCAAAAUUAUUGGAAGCUCCCAUCUGGUUUAAAUAAUUA